AUGCUGAGGCCUUCAGAAUCAGCUCACCCGCCUCCCGAAAAGGGUCCUCCGCCUGCACUUAUCCGUCCUCAGCGCUCGUUGUCAGCAAUCCCGAAAAGCACACUCCACGCACGUACUCGAUCGGUGCAGAAGCAGCUGGUACCUGGCCCGAGGAAGCCUGCUCCUCAAAUGAGCCAGGCACCUGCAUGGUCGACGUCCGGGGCACCGCCGUGGUCAACUUUGACCCGUCCGCUCUCCGAUAUCCGCGAACUCACUGAGCCUAGCCUGCUUGAGUUGACGAACCGCAAAGCUCUACAAUCAGAGUCUACCGAGUGUCGCGUCGCCCGCAAGUGUUCUCUAACAAGGAAAGGAUCUUUGCUAUCGAGAAAAGGCUCUCAUUCUCGGCGGCCGUCCCUUAAAAGGGCUACUUCGCCUGCAGAAAGCCAGCAUUCAAAUCACCGCCGCGGCCGUCCAUCGCCGUUCCAGACUCCAGGCAGCGACCGUUCUAGUGUCUACAGUAUACCUAUUGCAAACAUACCGCCCAGAUCCUCGUCGCGUACUCGCAAGAACCGAGCAAACACCAUGGCUUGUGGCCCCUCGCUGCCUCCGCCUGCUCCACGGGGCCUCGGCUUCACAAUACCUAACCGAGGGCUCUCAAGAUCGCCGGUGCGUGAAGUGGCUGCGCGCUUGGAUCCAGUCUCUUCGGACGUCGUGCAGCGAAUCCCUUCCAGGACGUUCACCAGGGACCCUUCUGAUGAAGUCGUUGAGUUCCCAACCCACCGUCAUCCUCGUAUAUCAGUGGACAUCCAACUUGCAGCACCAUUGUUUGUGGGCGGUGGCAGCCUCGAGGGCAAUGUUCGCAUCAUUGUUGAGGAUGCAGAGCGUCAACGCCACAAGCGAGCUCUAGCAAUUGCAAGAAUUUCCGUGGACCUUCUGGGAGUGGAAGAGAUGUGGAAUGGCAAGAGGGAUAUCUUCAUGGACCUGGCAACGGAAUUGGUCGACUCGGAUAACCCACCGCCCGAGAAUAUGGUGGACUCGGUGAAGCAGGUCUCCCCGCUUGAUCCAUUUUGGCUUCUGCAUCCCUCCACCACAACGAUGCCGUUCAGUAUCAGCCUGCCGUUGGAUGUUGGGCCGCCACCAUUCCAGUCAAAGCUUGCUCGUAUCCGCUACGUACUAUCCUGUACCCUUCUCGUACGGGAUAAAGGCGUCCAGUAUUUGGUUCGUAAUUCACAGGGGGUUUCGCUCCUUUCUGUCUACGAUCCGGAAAAGGCUCUCAUGUCCCUCCCAAGCCCACUAACAGCUUCGGACGAGUACACGCGUCCGAGGGAAGGCGCCGUCGAGGUCAUACGGGUCACAGCCGGACUUCACCGACAAGUCUGGACUGCAGCCUCGACGUUGGAGAAGUCAGCCGGCCAGGCCCGGAUCUUUGACAACAAUGAACGCACAGUGUUUGCGAAAACUUCUAUUAAGCAGGGCAUGCACGGCUGGUCUGGAGUUGCACCCCAUACAACUGUCACUAGAACAUGCGAUCUCGAGCUUCCUCGCGGACAUGCAACUGUGAAAUGUGGCAGGUUCUUUGAAGUCCGCUACUUCCUCAACAUCAUAGUGAGCAGCACCCACAGCAAACUCGUUACUGUUCAGCUGCCUAUUGUCCUGAUACAUAUGAACUCGCUUGAUGUUGUUCCAAAUUCUGUAGCUCAAGUAGCCGCUGCUAUCGAAGAAAAACGAGGAAAUUCUACAGGACGCCGGGCUCGUGCCUUGUCCCGACGACCGUCGAGAUCCGUUCAAGGCUGCGCGUUUGCAGCACCUCGCAUACAAUCCCUUGAACGCAUGCGUGCAGAAGCAGAGGACCUUCGUGAGAUCGGCAAUAUAUUGGAACGCUCACCACGCAAAUACAAGCCAGCAACGAAACUCACUACUACGGUCCAUGCAGAUGGCAGCACUUCCGUUAAGAAAGAACACGUAAUCAGACGGAUUCAAAGCGCCACCCCGAAGCUCACGAACAGACGCAUAGGCCAUAAACUGAGCACCGAUACCAUCGGCUUGAACAGCGCCGUCGGGCUAGGGUACGGCUACCACAGCAGCAACAACUUGGCUGGUGCUUGCUCUAGCACUAGCGACUACGACAGUGACGACCAACUUGCCAGCGCGCCGAUACGGCAUCGCAGAGUUGCCUCUAGCCCGGGCCUCGAAACUCCAUCGAACGGCAACCGUUUGGGUCGCUUCAUGGAAAUCGGUAGCGUUGAAAGCCUAAAGGACCGCCUCCGCCACAUGCGCACCCGCUCCAACGAGACUACCCACAGCCAGCGCUCUUCAACCGCCACUCACGGCCUUGUGACCCACCACCACCACCAUCCUCUCGGACCCAAGCAAUCCGUGAGCCUCCACGCACACCCCGGCUCCGCUCGCUCCCAUUCGCGCACCGGUAGCAACACCAACUCGUCGGCUGGCCCGCCACUGCCACCACACUACCCACCACCGCUGGCACCUCCCCUUCCAUCCAGGUCCUCGAGCCAGCACGCUCGCCAGCCACUGGGGUUUCGCGAAGCGGAGGUCAGUAUGCCCAAAGAAGACAUCGUAGACCUAGGCACGGGCGGCUCAGGCGGCGGGUACCCCGGCGCCCCCGGUGGCGGCGCCGGCGCCAGUACUUCAUCGACAGCAUUCUUCGGAGGCGUGGGAUCGUCGGGUGCGGCGAGCUUCAAGGCUAGACUGGAUGCUGCGAGGGACAGACAAUGGCGGUUCCAGGGCACCGGCGGCGGCGGCGGCCACGGCGGCCAUCAUAACAGUCAUCAUCACGCUGGGGCCAGAACACAGCAAGGUGGUGUGACUGGCCAUCAUGGUAGGAAGUGGAGGGACUUGCCAGAGAGGGGGUUGGAAUGGAUCAUGGGUGAUCGAGAAGAGAGAGAGAAGGAAAAAGAGAAAGAAAGGAGGAGGGCCAUGGAUAAUUGGAUAUGA